AGAAAGAUAACCUCAGAUCGGAUCGGGUCAAGAUUUAUAGCAUUGCGAUUUCGACCAAAGUCAAGUCACAAAGGGCCCUUUCCUCUCUCUCGUAACACGAAACACGAAGAUAUCCCCUUCCCUCCCUUUCCCUUUCACCUCUUUCUCCUUCAAUUUUUUCUGCACCAACGAUGAACAACGGACCAGGUCUUUUCUCCGACAUCGGCAAGAAAGCCAAAGAUCUGCUGACGAGAGACUACCUGUCGGAUCAGAAGUUCUCUGUUUCAACCACCAGUGUUACCGGAGUGGGACUUACUUCAACUGCAACAAAGAAAGGUGGUCUGUCAAGUGGAGAUGUGGGAGCAAUAUACAAAUACAAGAACACGUUAAUUGAUGUCAAAUUCGACACACAAUCAAAUAUUGCUACAACAUUAACAUUCACUGAGCUUGUGCCCUCAACAAAGACUAUUGCUUCAUUCAAACUCCCUGAUUUUACAUCUGGCAAGCUUGAGGUUCAGUACUUCCAUUACCAUGCUACUUUAACAUCUGCAGUUGCUUUGACUCAAGCCCCAAAUGUUGACCUUUCAGCUACAAUUGGCACACCAACAUUUGCCAUAGGCGCAGAGGCAGGCUAUGAAACCUCUUCUAGUAAGUUGACAAAGUACACUGCUGGCAUCACUGUUAACAAACCAGAUUCUAGUGCUUCCAUAGUCCUGGGUGAUAAAGGAGACACGAUAAGGGCAUCAUAUAUACACCACUUUGAUGCAUCAAAAAAGAAUGCUGCUGUAGGGGAGAUUACUAGAAGGUUCUCAACAAAUGAAAACACAUUCACUGUUGGAGGGUCUUAUGCAGUUGAUGGUUUAACCAUGGUUAAGGCUAAACUCAACAACCAUGGGAAGCUAGGUGCACUGUUGCAGCAUGAGAUUAUUCCCAAGUCACUUGUCACCAUAUCUAGUGAGCUGGACACCAACUCCUUGGACAAAACUCCUAAGUUUGGUUUGGCUCUUGCUCUUAAACCUUGAUAAAGUCUUCAUGCUAUGAGAUAUUGAGCUUCAACGU